CAAGCAAAGCCUCACGAUGUCAUCUGUUGGACUGGAACUGGCCGGCGUGUCGGUGGCGGUGGUGGGUUGGCUUCUGAGCGUGGUGAGCUGCGCGCUGCCCAUGUGGCGGGUGUCGGCCUUCAUCGGCGCCAACAUUGUGACGGCGCAAGUGUACUGGGAAGGUCUGUGGAUGAGCUGCGUGUUCCAGAGCACGGGCCAGAUGCAGUGCAAGGUCUACGACUCCAUGCUGGCGCUGCCCCCGGACCUUCAGGCGGCUCGCGCCCUCACCGUGGUGUCCAUCAUCAUCGGCGUUCUGGCUCUGCUCAUCUCCAUGGUGGGCGCCAAGUGCACCAAUUGCAUUGAAGACGAAGGCGUCAAAGCCCGGGUGACCAUCACGUCCGGCGCCGCCUUUAUCGUGGCGGCACUGGCCGAGCUGGUACCUGUAUCCUGGUCGGCCAACACCAUCGUGGUGGAGUUCUACAGCCCCAUCGUUCUGUCGGGACAGAAGAUGGAGAUCGGGGCUUUGUGUCGCCGAAGGAACAUGUCGAUGGGAAUGGAGCUAGUGGGCAUCUGCCUGGGUGCGUUGGGCUUCCUGAUGUCCAUCGUGACGUGCGCCCUGCCCAUGUGGAAGGUGACGGCGUUCGUGGGCGCCAACAUCAUCACGGCGCAGACCAUCUGGGAGGGCCUGUGGAUGAACUGCGUGACCCAGAGCACGGGCCAGAUGCAGUGCAAGGUCUACGACUCCAUGCUGGCACUACCGCAGGACCUGCAGGCGGCGCGGGCCAUGAUGAUCGUGGCCAUCAUCCUGGGCAUCCUCGGGGCGCUGGUGUCCACCACGGGAGCCAAGUGCACCAACUGCAUAGAGGACGAGGGCGCCAAGGCUAAGGUGAUGAUCCUGGCGGGCAUCAUGUUCAUCCUGGCCGGCCUCCUGGUCCUCAUCCCGGCAUGCUGGACCGCCCACGUUGUGGUGCGCAACUUCUACAGUCCCAUCUUGACCAACCCGCAGCGGCGGGAGCUGGGCGCGUCGCUCUACGUGGGCUGGGGGGCCUCCGCCCUGCUCCUGAUCGGUGGCGCCAUCUUGUGCAGCAGCUGCCCGCCCAAGGAGCGACGCUACAAGCCCCCCAGGAUGGCUUACUCUGCGCCACGCAGCAACAACACCGGGUACGACCGCAAGGACUACGUGUAGCGCUGCUAGCUUGCGCGAGUGACAACAUUGGGGACGGCAAGGUCAAACCUUGGUGCUUUCCUCAAGUCGUCCAUCGAAAAUUGCAAUUCUUUGAAACCUGAUUCUUCAGUGGUCCUUCUGCAAGAACAUUUCAAAAAUCAAUUUCCGUGCAUGUCUUUCAAUUUGCAUCAAAAAUGUCGACAUUAGAAAAGUCAUUGUGUCCGUGUGUGUGUGUGUGUGUUUGUCAGUGUCGUGUUUCACUGAAACUGCUCUCAAUUUACACUUGCUUCUUCUUCAGGACGAUUGACUUUUGUGUGUGUGUGUGUGUGUGUGUGUGUAUGUGUGUGUGAGGGAGAGCCCACAGUGUGGCUUCCUCACAAAGACUCCGACAUGAAGUUCCCAUCUUCCUGCUUUGCUUUAGCGUUCGUUUAGUCAUUUCGAAGUGUGUGUGUGUUUAGUGGUAUCACGUUUCACACUGAAACUGUGUGUCACCGCUCUCAACUUACAUUUGCUUCUUCCUUGUGUGUGUGUGUGCGUGCGUGCGUAAUAUUUGCUUAGAGCUGGACUGAAAGUGAAGAUGUGGUCUGUUGGUUUCAGGCCAAGCGCUCGCUCGCUCCCAAAUUUAGUCAUGGCGCAAACCUCCAUGAUUAGUCAUGAUUGAUUAGAUAAAUUUUAUGAGUUCAUUUAAAUUUCAUUGUAUUAGUUUCGACUUUUAUACAGUUAGCGUUAAUGCAUUUUUUGUUUAUUUAAACUGAGCCUUUGUGUGAGGUUGACAUGACUUGUGUGGUCCAUUUCAAUAAAAGUAGCAAAGUUU